AUGGCAGACGCCACAAAAUACACAGUCGGCUGGAUAUGCGCUAUUCCCACUGAAUUCGACGCAGCACAGAUCUUCCUCGACGAAGAACACGAAGACCAGCCCCCGGUCGCUCAAAGAGACAACAACAACUAUGCCCUGGGUCGAAUCGGCAGUCAUAAUGUCGUGAUCGCUGUUUUGCCUGAUGGAGAAUACGGCACAAAUGCCGCAGCAGCCGUGGCGCGGGACAUGCUGCACACCUUUCCGAAUGUGCGCAUCGGGCUCAUGGUCGGUAUCGGCGGCGGCGCGCCCAGUCCGAAGCAUGACGUCCGGCUUGGAGACAUCGUUGUUAGCAGUCGGGACGGGGGCAAAGGCGGCGUCUUCCAGUACGACUUCGGAAAGGCUGUUCAGGACCGGGACAUCUCCUUCCAACACACCGACUUUUUGGACCAGCCACCUACAGUAUUGCGAACGGCCGUUAACGCGCUCAAGAGUCGGUACAAAAGAAAAGGACAUCAGCUGAAUACUGCUGUAGAAACGGCGUUGGAACGAUGGCCUAGACUGAAAGCGGAGUACUCAAGGCCUCCCACUGAGAGCGACAGGCUCCACCGAUCCGAAGUCAUCCAUCAGGACGCAUCAGACGGAUGCGACAGCUUAUGUGGUGGCGACCCGACACAUUUGAUCGACCGGCCAAAACGAGGUCAAUAUGACGACAACCCUGCAAUUCACUAUGGUCUGAUUGCGAGCGCGAACCAGCUGAUGAAAGAUGCUAGAAUUAGGGAUAAAUUAUCGGAAAAAUAUGGUGUCCUUUGCUUUGAGAUGGAGGCUGCUGGUCUGAUGAACCAUUUCCCAUGUCUGGUAAUCCGCGGAAUCUGCGACUACUCUGACUCGCACAAGAACAAGAAAUGGCAAGGGUUCGCGGCCAUGACGGCGGCUGCUUAUGCGACGGACCUCUUGCGUCAGAUACCACUGAACAAGGUCGAGGCCGAGAAGCCACUAGGGGAGGUGUUGGGCCGACGUUAG